AUGUGCAUAUUGGACUGUCCGAGUAGCUGCGGGAGGAGAUGUCCUUCACCUUUUAAAAGAAAAAAAGAAAAGCAAGGCACUAGAGCAAAACAGAUGAGCCAACCGCACCAGGAUGACAGGAAGAAGGGCCUGCAGGCUGCUCACAUGUACGAUGACGUCUCGGAGUUUCCAGUCUAUGCUACUGUGAACAAGCCCAGGAAUGUGAAGCGUGAUGACAGCGUGCACUAUGCAGAUAUCCAGGUAUUCACCAGGGCCCGGGAGCGCUCGGCCCAAGAGGUGAAGAACUUGCAAAUGCAGAAUGCAACGGAGUAUGCCACCCUUAACUUCCCCCAUCCCAGACUGAAAUACGACAGCAGAAAUGGGACCCUGGUGUAA